AUGCUAUUUGGGGCAGCAAUAAGAGUAAUUGUUGUCUGGAGUACGAGUGUGUUUGCUUUAUUCAUCUCCUCGUCUGAUUAUCGCUUCUUGUCUAUUGAAGGGAUGUUUUCUGCUCUUAGUAUUGAUUGUAUUAUCACUGUGGUUUAUGCUCCAAAUGUUCGUGCUCUUCGCAAUGGUUUAUGGGAGGUUCUAUCCUACAGCUUCUUAAACAUGACUAAACCUUGGUGUCUGCUUGGUGACUUCAAUGAAGUGUUGCAUCCGGAUGAGCGGAGUGGAGCAACUGCUUUUACUGUUGGCAUGCGUAAUUUAAGGUGUUCAGUGGACUCGGGCAAUCUCAUUGAAUACCCUCUGUUGGGAAGAAGCUUGUCUUCAUCUGGACUUAGCAAAGGAUUAUCUGAUCAUUGUCCGAUUCUCUUAUCGUUUGCUGAUGUAAAUUGGAGGCCAAGGCCUUUCAGAGUCCUUGAUUGUUGGUGGCUCAAAAAGGAUUUCGGGAACGUGGUGGCUGACUUUUGGCGGGUUUCUUCUUCAUCUUCUCAUAAUAUUGCUUCGGCUCUCAGAUCUGUCUCUGAUUUUGAGAAAGAGAUUGAUAGCCUUGAGCUUAUUAAGGAGACAAGACCUUUAACUCAUUCUGAACUAUCUCGAGGAAGAUCUCUCCGUGAGCAGCUCGUUAAGCAGCACAGGAAGGAGGAAUCUCUCUGGAAGUCAUGGAUUCAGUGGUGUAAGCUUGGGGACAAGAGCACGAGCUUCUUUCAUCUGUCAACCUCGAUAAGAGGUUCCGGGAACAAGAUCAACUCUAUUUCUAUCGAUGGCAGGAUCAUUUCUCAACUGAAGGAAGUAAAUUACGCAGUGAGAGACCACUUCCACCGCCUUUAUUCCGUAGAUGACUCUGUUGCACUUGCCUGCCCGGGUCUACGUUUCAAACGAAUUUCUUCUUCAGCAGCCGAACAGCUAGAAUCUUUCUUUGACUUUGAGGAAAUCAGAGCUGCUGUUUGGGAUUGUGAGAGCUCUAAUUCCCCCGGACCGGAUGGUCUGGACUUUUUCUUCAUAAAAAAGCAUGGAAUAUUCUUGGGCCAAAUGUAG